AUGCAGUCCACACAUCCCGCUCAUAUCCUCAGCAUCCUCCUCACCACCCUUCUCACUCUCCUCGCAACCAUCGUCUCUGGUGUUCCGGCCCCAGCACCCGAUCCAGAGUUGCAAGCCACCGAAGCGGCAGUUCCCUCUCCACCCGGCCCAGCAGUCUAUCCUCCAACUCCAACCCUAGACGACAAGGACCAAGGAGUGUGCGAUCGCGCCGGCAUCUACAUCUGCAGGAACCCCAACUUCUCACCCCCCUGCACCCACCAAACCUUCUGCCUCGGCUCCUCUGACUCAUCCUGCACCCGCCUCGACGGCAAGGCCCUAUCCAUCGGCCCCGAUCCGGGCAUCACCUGUCUGUUUUACAGGAACGGCGUGUGCCGGAAUUUCGGCGACGGCGUGUUGAGGCUGAGGUAUCCUGGGAUAGCCAAGGUGCAGGGAAGGUUUUUCAGUUUUUUGUGUUUUAGGGGGUAG